CUCUCAGCUGCCCACCAGCCUGAACACACAACGGUGAGAAAGAAGAAGGACUGUCAAUGAAACAGGAGCUUCAGCUGGAAGGUCACAGGCGGUGCUGAGAGCGAGUGAUGGAGCUGAAGGUGUGGGUGGAGGGUGUGGUCAGAGUGGUUUGUGGCCUGUCACUGACCACUUCAUGUCAGGACGUCGUCAUAGCUCUCGCACAAGCAAUUGGUCAGACAGGCCGGUACGUUCUUAUCUUGAAGCUACGAGCGAAUGAGAGACACUUGGUGGCUGAAGACUGUCCCCUGCAGCAGCUGGCUCAGCUGGGACAGCAGGCUGCAGAGGUCCAGUUCAUCCUGCGGAGGACCGGUCCCAGCCUCAGUGAGGGUCCAAACACACCCUCCACAGUGAGACGCCUCCCCCUGCCCAGACCAUCAGAACCAGAGCCCCUCAAACACCACAAAGAGCCGCAAAAGGCCUUCACUUUCAAUCUGGGACCCUCGACCUAUCCUAAAAGGACUAAACCAGACAGAGGCUGGUCUCCGUCGCCCAGAGCCUCGCCUGAACCCCGGGCUUCUCCUGUUUCUUUCAUAGACCCUCCAAACUCUGCGAAGGCCUCCAAAGAGGAGGUGUUUAGGCAGAUUCUGCAGCAACAGAGGAGGCUGCAGGACCUGGAUAUUCAGCUUCAAGCUCUGGAGAGAGAGACAGAGCAGUGGGAGAGGUACUCUGCUGCAGCCCCAAGUCCGACUCCAGGCCUUGCAGAGGAACUGGAGGAACUGGAGCAGCGGCUGAGGCAGACCGAGGCAGAGCUGACGCAUGCAGAGCCCUGGGAGGAACAGUUACAGGAAGAGAUAGAGCGGGAACGAGAUAUGCACAAGCGUCUGCACCAGAUACACUCGUCCAUAGAUGAUCAGAGUUACAAGAUCAGGGAGCUCCAAAGUCGCUCUGCACAUCUCGAGCAGGACCUGCAGCUUACAGCCCACAGCCAGAGCUCUCGGGCGGGAACACCACAGCCAGACGAGGCCCUGAGGCCCCUGAAGCAGGAGCUCCACAACCGGCUGCAGCUGGGUGAAGAACUGGAUGCAACACUGUCAGAGACGCAGAGGGAGCUACAAACUGCAGAGGAAAGGGUAAAGGACAGAUUGGGGACGAUCGAGGAGCUGAACAAGGAGCUGAGACACUGUAAACUGCAGCAGUUCAUCCAGCAGACUGGUGUAACUCCACACACUGACCAGACAAACUCCCUACUGGUCAACGAAGUUUACCUCAGCAAUGCUGGUAUUGUGGAGUAGAAGGAGCCAAGACUCUGUCACUGAAUAUCAGCAGGUUGAUUAAAAUAAUUCUUACCUACACUUUGGCUUUCUUAAGUCAAAUAUUAAAACAGAAAAUAGUGACAGUGAAGAACCUACAAUUCCUGUUAUGGGAAUUUCUAUCUUCUCAGAUCACAUAAAGAAGGAAAUGCAGCAAAAAUUGUAGGAAAAAAGUGAAAGUCAAACUAAGUGAAUGUAGCAAAGUGAACAACAUCUUCCUCAUUGAUGUGAUGGGUACAUAUGAAAAUUCUGACUAUAUGCUUAUACCUAAACAGCAUUUUCUGUUUCUGCUGCAGGACUGGAAAAAAAAAACAUGUUCUCAGAAACCUUUGAAACCCGUCCACAGUAGAGUGUGUGUGUGUGUGUGUGUGUGUGGUUAGAAAUCACUGCCAGUAUCUCUAAAAAGAAAAGGACUUUUAUAUGAAGUAAUGUUGAUGCUACUUGUUUUUUUUGCUUGUUAAUAUUUUAUACUUGUCACAUGAGUCUGUAUUGUAAUUAACAGUUCACACAGCUGUUGAAGACUAUAAUAAUGUUAUUUUUUUUGUAUUUUUAAACAACGGACUGCACUGUACUCCUUUUCUGAAUUAAAGUUCCCCUGAUGCAGAAGUA